GCUUAAAAGCUGAUUGCGCGUGUGAGGUGACGGCACACCCGCUGUGUAAUCAGACCCACACUGACCGUCUGCCUUCAUCAUUUCGACUGUAACUGAUCUCACUAUGCAGAUAAGACUGCUGUUGUCCGUCUUGGGCGUGGCCCUUAUUUGUCAGUCUGCUAGAGCUCAAGAAGUUAUCACAGUAUGUCGUGGUGAGGCCGAUCUUGCAUUUCUGGUUGAUUCGUCCGACAGUCUUGGAGAAGCUGAUUUCAAAACCGAAAUGGAUUUCGUUUCACGUAUGGUCCGUGGUUUUGAUAUUGGUCCGGACAACGUCAGAGUGGGAAUGGUGACAUUUGCAUCGUCUUCGGACUUGCGCUUUAAGCUUAAUGAACAUCCAACACAGGCUGGUCUCCUUAAAGCAGUUGAUGAUGUCCCGUUUACACCUGGGGCUACAGCUACGCAUCUUGGUCUUAGCCGUGCGAGAUUACAACUAUUUGUCCCACCUGGUGACAGAAGAGGCAUUGUCAACAUCGCUAUUAUACUGACUGAUGGCGCGUCAACGUUCCCUGACAGAACCAAAAUAGCUGCCGAAAUGCUGAAGAGGCAAGCCAUUGUAUACGCUAUUGGAAUUGGUAAAGAGUUAAAUGAGGAUGAGCUUGCUCUGAUGGCCACAGAUUCAGACAAAGUCUUCAUUGUCACCAGUUUUGAACAACUGUUGCAGUUCAGAUCUAGAAUUGCAGAUGCCAUCUGCACAAGCGUUGUGACAUUAUUGCCAAACACCACCACUACAACAACAACUCCAAGACCUACUACCACCACUCGCGAACCUACCACCACUACCCGAAGGACCACUACAACCAGGGCUCCAACAACCACAACUACUCCAACGACCACCACUCCUUACGUGCCUCCUGUUACUGUGGAUAUCGACGAGCAUUGCGGCAAGUGUGUUGUCAAUGGUGGUCCUCUAACCGAAAAUGGAGCCCUUGGAUAUGUACUGAAUCCCUACAGCUGUACGUCCUAUUGGGUGUGUAUCAGACGUCCCGAGAGAGGCCCAGACGGCUGGAUGUAUGAUGUUAUUGAACGCAACUGCUCAAUCGGAACAGUGUGGGAUCAAGACAUGCAAACAUGCGCCCGUUGUGACGAUCCAAGAGCAAUCUGCAAAGAUACUGCACCGAAGCCACCUAUGGGCACCCCGCACUGUCCAUUCCCUGAACAAAAAACUACCACGCCACCUUUCCCUGAGCCUUCUUAUACCUUGGACCAGGAAUGCGUAGAUGCUGUUGGCAAUACGAUGGUGAAUGUGAUAGAGGAUGCAGCAAUAUAUUAUAUUCGCUAUGGGCCAGAUAACGAUGUAGGACCAAUUUCCUGCUUCCCAUACAACUUUAGUAUCAGUGCCUGCAGAUGUGAAGCGCCAGAAAGCAUUGGUAUCAUCUUCCCAUACGAAGAAGAUUAUGCCUCAAUUGGUAAAAUUGCGUAUUCUGAGGCCAGUGAGAUAGGAAAUGUAACACUGUGCUCAGACUACCUCUCUGAUGGUGUGACACGUGUAUCUGCAGUGGGAGAAUCUGCCGUGUGUCUGGAUGGAGAAGGUCACGUUGAAAUGCCGUCUUUCAAGAACAGUCCCCCUCAGACACCGUUCACCAUUCAUUUCUUCUACUGGCUUGAUAAUGACGUCGAUACGGCCGGCAGAAAGAUUGCUCUCCUCAACAACGCUAAAUGUGAUAUUCCACCAACUAUUGACAUCUACUAUUCCAAUGGCGCUAUUGGUGUCGGCAUGACAACAAUUAAUGGAACAUACCAAAUUGAUCCUGUAUCAGUGGCUAACGGAGCUCAGGGUCGCUGGGUUUGUGUGGUAAUGACAUACAACAGUAAGCGCAUGUCACUGUAUCUGGACGGUCAGCGCGUGGACAGAGUCAAAGCAAGAGGUGAAAUGAAACGUACCGAGUCUGCCUGGAUCCUUGGCAACAAUUGUUUUGAAGAUAAAACUAUGGACAACUUUGAUUCUAACUUCAAAGGAAAAUUUGACCAGGUUUCGGUUUACUACAGAGUCCUGGAUGAUGAUGAGAUUCAACAAAUUUGCACAAUCUAAACUUAGAACUCCAAGUUGGCACCACCGUACGUGUCAAGAUAUACUAUUGAGAUGUGACUCAUUUUUGACAUUGAACGAGCUACUUAUCAACUGUCUUUAAGACAUUUUUGUUAUAUUUCCGUGGAGCUGUUGUAUUUUGUAGGGAAUCAGUAUGGAGUGAACAUAUCUCCCAACUGCUAUGAACAAAAGUCUCUGGUUUUAAAGUAUACAAAAUGGAGGUGAAGGGAACUUCUUCUAUCUAUUUAUUUGCUUUCAUGUUAUACGCACGUAAAUUGGAUGCCGAAUCUAAGAUUAACUUUUCGAAUGAUGUUUGACUGACAUGGCAACAGAGACUGGUCGUACAUCUCUUAUAUUAGCUUUGUUUAAUUCAAAAACUUAGAAUCCCAAAAUGUCAUUGGAAAUAAAUUUUCCAUCACCA